UUUGGCUGGCAGCAUCACCGUGUCGUGGAACUGAUGCUGAUGCAGUCGCGCCGUAUCACUCUUCGUCUCCGAAAGCGGCCUUCGCAUGCUACCGAUUUCACUGGACUACCUGGUGGAGGACGACGUCAUCGAUUGAUGGUUCAGCCAGGGCCUGGAGCUGCUACCUAUGUCCUGGGACUCUGUGGUGGUGGGGGAAGCCUGGGUGUCUGUAACCCUGGGAUGGGAGGGGGCUUUGCACAAAGUAGUGCUUCGGCUGAUGGAACUAGUGGUCUGGUAGCUGAAGGGUGCAGUGAGAACUUCUCUCAACCACUACAAAAUACAAGAGGUGCAUUUCUUCUGGCUCGUACUCCCAAGCGCCGUGUUCCAACCUCACCACUUGGAACAGGUAAGAGUCUAUUUUAG